UGUUACUCACUUUAAACUACAGGGACUAAAUCGUUACGAGUUAAAAUAAAAUGACUAUACGGUUACUCUAAGGGAAGUACUUAAAGAUUUUAAAGAUUCUGGUAAAUCUGUAACUUUUUUUUAAAGAUUAUGGUAAAUCUGUAACUAUCUUCCUUAAAAAUAUAGUAUAAAAAAUAACUAAUCUUCUUAAAACGGUGUAUUUAUAUCAAAUAUACAUACCGUAUUUUGCUCCGAUGGACGACGGCGGCAGCGUACGGUGGUCCGAUCUGCCUCCGGAGCUUUGGACGGCGAUCGCAAAGUGCUUGGAUUCGUUCAUCGACGUUCUCCGAUGUCGCAGCGUGUGCCGUCUGUGGCGUGCUUCUCUUCCUCGUUUGAACGCCGUUUCUCCUUUUGUACCGCUCUCUGUCCCUAUCCCACCGCUCAACGACGACGAUCUUCCGAUCAAAGGCGCUAUACUCAUCCGAGAGAUAACCUAUCGCCUCGGUCCCCUCCGUCAAACUUCUUCUUCUUCCGCGGCAGACUGGUCUGAAAUGGUGACAGAGGACUGGUCUAAAAUGGUGGUGAGGAUGAGGACAAAGAUUCGAAAACAGAGCCCCCCUGGAUCUGGAUCCGCCGUUCGGAGGAAAGUUAACUUACUGGACUUUCGAAUUCUGGAAGUAAACACAUCGUAUUUUCUUCUAUCUACCGAUCCCCAUUCUCACAUUCCUGGAAUCGACAAAAUCGUAAUGUCUCCCGAUUCUCCCUGGAUCCACGCCCAGGACUGCACCGUUUUAGCACUUCGCGGAGACGGAAAGUUAGGGUUCGUUAAAUUGAGGCCGGAUGGCGAAUGGACGCUGAUUGAAGAACAGAAUAAUAAUAAUCUCAACUGCUGCGACGAUGUGAUUGCGUGGAAAGGACAAUUUUAUGCCAUUGAUAAAAGCGGAGCAGUUUUCAGAAUCGAUUCAGAGUCGAUGAAGUUGAAACGAAUUUCUCCUCCGCUGCGUGAUUCGGGGGAACGCAAACAUCUGGUGAAGUGCGGCAAACUUUAUGCGGUGGAUCGAUUCGAUUCGCGAGGAAAAGGAGCUGUUUACAGAGUUUUCAGAGUGGAUUUUGAUGGAUUGGUGGAGGUGGAUUUUGAGGGAAGUUUCUCGGUGGGAAUGAAGUGUUGGUUUUGGGAAGCGUCCAUUGCUCUUCUUCGCCGGAGGAUAGGCUGAAAAUCUGAUGCUCACAAAUA